AUGGCCCACCCUGGGAGUUUAGACAACCAAAUGGCCUUGGGCUCCUGGCGGUUUAAGGUUACAGCAGCCAGGGAAGAGGGAUACAAAAUAUCUAUCUGUACCGGCUCGGCGAGCCCCGGGGACCAAGCGCGCAGCCGCCUCCACGCCGGGCCGCGAAGGGCAGCGCGGACACGUGGUGCGCGGGGAGGCAGGCGCGCGGGGGGCGGGGGCGCGGGGUUGCCACGCGGCGCAGACGGACGGCAGGAGCGGAGGCGCGUGGACGCGGGCGGCUCACCACCAGACCGACAGACCGGGGCCGAUAGACGACCAGGCUGCAGGGCCCGAAAGCAGCACAAGCUGCGGCGACCCGGGGCGGAGAGAGGCGGCUGGAGGAGCCACCGCUCCAUUUAUACCCGCCCCGGGCGCUGCUGGUCGAAGGGCGCCUCGCGACCUGGGCGCAGUCUUGCCCGCCCACUCCGCCCGGGGGCCCGAGGCGGGGCGGCCACGCGAGAGAGACCUGGCGCGGCCGCGCUGUGCUACAGCGACCCCUGGCGUGCGGAGGACCGCUCUGCGGCGGAGGGGGUUGCUGUGCAGACUCAAGAGCCUCUGGCCGUUCCAAUGGUCUUGCAAACAGCUCGCCUCCCCCGAGUAAAACCCAUAGAUAAUUUAACACACCCAUAUGCAUAAUGUGAACAAACAAUAUAUUGCUUAAUUGUAA